AUGUCUUUCGGUAUCGAUUGGUUGGCAUGGCAUGUCUUGGCACAUGCCGCGCAAAUCAUAGCGUCCACCGCAUCGUCCAGCUUCAGCAGCAGUUGCCGGCAGAAAGCUGAAGUCGUUGCGAUGGAGGAAACACAAGCUCACCAGGAUGCAGAAGAGGUAGUUGAAGUGCAACCGCCCAGUCAUGCAGAUGAAGCUGCUGAAGCCUUCGAAGAAGAAUGUCCAACUGACGAUGACACUUUGCCAGAGGAGAAAGUCCUGAGCUUGAGCUGUCAUCAAUGUCAACGAUUGCUUUGUCGACGCGGCAUGCGUGUACAUCUUGUAUGUGACGAACGAGUUUCGCUGUUUUCAACCGACUUUCGUCCGAUGCACGUUACGGAGGCUGACGAAGAAAGACUCCAUGGCGCUUGCGAAUGCCGUGUGCGGGACGUUAUUUGUGCAUGCGAACAUCGCGUUGGCUACCAUGUCAUCCUGCCACCAACCAACUCUGUCACAGACUUCCUGCUGUGUGUGGAGCUUACCACCUGUCUGGUCAUCUGGCUUCGAUCAAGGCCGAAAGUGGUGAAAAAACAUGCGCUGUUCAAUUCCUACGCGCUGAACCUCCUUGGCGGAGCGGCUUGGACCGCCUCAGGUGUGUAUGUUCAUCUCUUCGAGCCGCUGCCGCAGGAGCCAACAAUCGCGUGGCAGAUUUUCCUCAACAUGGGUGCCACCACUCCAUUUCUUUUCCCACUGGUGGUGCGGGAUGCCUUCUACCGGGACACCAUCUCGUCUAGUGCUGCAAGACUGCAGGACAUCAGUGCUGCAGUUUGUGCGCUGUUGUAUGCAUUGCUUGCCUGGGGAAGCUUUGAUCUGGCUGGAAGGAAGCUCCCUCCGAUCCCUGUUUCGCCGUGGCAUGCGAUAGAUGGGCGCAGCUAUGCUGGUGCAGCUUUCGGUGUCAAGUUCGACCUGUUGUCGUCGAUGCCAUCCGGGCGUUCGGAUUCGCAGUUUGUCCUCAGCGCCCUCUUCAUGGCCUCCAAUGCUCUCAGUUCUCUGCUGCUGUUGAAUGUCUGCUACAACCGUGCCAAGGACCUUACGACGGCUCAGCAACGCGUGGCACGUGUUCUUGCUGUUUUUGUGUUCGCCAUGCUCGCAAACUGCCACCUGUUGGCGGUCCUGGUUGCUGGAGGAUAUGGCUCACCAGCGCUGCCGCUGGACAUCUUCCACGUCGCACAAGGUCUGAUUAUCGGCAUCUGCUUCACCCAGCUACGAGAGGUACUUCUUGAGGACAAGGCAAAGGAUGCGUAG